UCGUACUUUACUUGAGGGGAAGGAGAAAGUUGAGGCUGGGAGGAAGUUGAGAGUGGGUGGAAAAAGAGGAGGAGAAAGGUUCUUAUUUCACCAGCGUUUUGUCCUGGACUUUCACAUAUUUCCCAACCCAGGGCCAGUGAGAUGAGGUGGGAAAGCCUGCCUGGAGAGAGCCCAGCAGUAGCUAUAGAGCCUCUGCAGCCUCAGGGCAGUCCCAGAGCUGCGGUUCCAGGCCCAGAUGUAGCGCCAGCACUGGGGGGUCCUGCCUAUAGGCCAAGACCUGCUCCUCCCAGACCUCCCACUUCCCCAUCGGAGGCUUUUGCCUACCUCAGCUCUUCUUCCCCAACAGGCUGGGGUGGCUGCACUGAAUCCCCCAGCACUGGCUCCCUCUUCUCAGGGGCUUCCCUGCCCCCACCCCAGCUCCAGAAGAGACUCAUGGCGUGGGAGGCCACAUACUUGCUGCCACCCAUCCUGCUGGUGCUUCUGGCCUCAGGCUCCUGGGAACAGAAUCCAGAAUUGAAUAAACUGGAAGGUGAGACAGUCUUCGUGAGAUGCCCGUAUAAGCCCCAGCAAGAUUUAAACAAGGUGAAAACCUGGUGCAGGCAAACAUCACUGUACACUUGUACCAUGUUAGCUGCCCAUCCCCGACUUAAGGCUGAGCUUUGGGAGACUCGAUACUCCAUCCAGGAUGACCUCAGCUCUGGGUACUUCACUGUCACCAUGGCUGAUCUCAGGGUAAAGGACACGGGAUUCUACUGGUGUGGAAUCUACGAAUCUUCUGGGAUCUUUAUUCUCAGAACCAUCCAUCUGGUGGUAUCUCAGGCUUCAACCUUGCCCACUCCCAGGAGCACCAGGAGGACCACAGUCUGGACCUCCACCACCAGUCCUGCCAUUGACAGCCCCCCAAACAGCUGGAAUCUCGUGGUCUCCAGCGCGACGGUGGCCGUCUCGCUGCUGCUGGUGCUCACCUUCCUCACAGUCCUGUGCCUCUGGAAAGGCCGAGGAAGGGCUCGGAAAGGCGAGGAUGAAUUCCACCACACCUGUGACAUUUCAGCCCAGGAGGAGACCUCUGCACAAAGGAAGGACACCUCACUGGCGCGGAAAGAAUCUCAGCUUUCCUGGGGCUCCGAUCAGCAGAUGGGCUCUGGCAAGGACCUGGGGGCCAUCUACUAUGCCUCACUUGCCCCCCUGAAAUACUUCGGCCCUGAAGACUCCAUCUAUGUCUGCCCCAAUUGGAAGCCCAAGCCUGAACCCCCUCUGGCCGUGGAAUAUGCCAGCAUUGCUGGAAGCAGACCCCAGCCCUCCAAGUCAGCUGCCCUUGAAGCGGAGCCCAGGACCUGAAGGCGGAAUUCAUUGGGUGGUGAGCACUUACCAAACGCCUACAGGGCACAGGGUGGCUCUACCAGCAAAGGGCUGACUGCAGUGUGGCAACGACAGUCGCAAACCAGCAAGGGCUCGUGCCUCC